AUGAAAGAGACUUCUAACAACGAAUUAAUUCGAGUUCUAAGUCGAAGAGCUUCUAAUUUUGUUGUGAAAUCAGUUCCAUUCGAAUCAGAAGGCACGGUUUUGUUGGUGCUGGCAGGAGUACUCAAAUUUUCAGGGACCCAUGGCUGCCCCGUCAAUGGCCUUUUGGUCAUAUACAACGCCUACUGGCGAGGUGGGUUCGGUUACGGAGUUGUUAUCAGCCACAUCUGCAGGGGAUACGGAAAAAGUGCAAGUUUAUUUGCUCCAGACAAUUUUGUUCGAAAAUUUUGCACGAUUUUUGCUCGAUCUCUGUACGAACUUCAUAGAAAUUUAUCUCCAAUGUAUGAGUGGAAUUCUGAAGAAAGGAAGAUGAAAAAGUGUCUAAUAGUGGGUAAAGUUGCCGAUGAGACCAUUAGACCAAAUGUACAUUCCGAAGAAAUGAGGAUGACAGUAAUCAACUUCAUUCAGACACUAUUCACGCAAUUUGGAACUGAGGUUUUUCCUUUUGGCUUGUUUUCUCUAAAGACAUACCUUCCUGAUGGUGACAUUGAUCUGACUGCCAUUAGUGAUUAUUGA